AUGCUAACUUCAGAUAAAUUCCUCGCAGAUCAGUGUAAAUAGCUUUAAGAGGAAAUAGAGUUUCAAGUUAUUUCUGAAAUCUCCCAUGGACUUAGAGACUUUAAUGACUAAGAAGAUAGGUUGGGAAUAAAUACAUUUAAAGCGUAAAUGAAGAAAGAAUAGGCUCACUAGCUAUUAGUGAGACAUAGAAUCAAGUACAAUACUCUAACUAAAAAAGAAUUUGAGACAAAAUUAAAAAAGGUUCGGGAGGAAGAUCUUUAGUUCUAUGAUUUUGAUGAAGAAGAUGAAAUGCAAAGGCAACUUGGGCUGAUAGCUGGAUCUGCUAGAAUAUAAAGGAACAAUAAAAAUCUGUUGAAGUAAGAGGAUAGACUUGAGCAUAUGAAUGAAUUUAAAACUCAGUAAGAUGAAUCUAAAAAGCUUGUUAUAAAAUUAGAGAAGGAUAGAAAAGAAAGAGAAAAUAGACAGUUAAUUGUUAGGUAAAAAGAGGAGAAGUUACAAUAAUUAAAAGAAAAAGAGAAACUGGAGGAAGCAGAGAAGGAAUAAAAAAGGUAGGAAGAGUUGAAAGAAUAAAGAAAGCUUGAAAUACUGAAUAAGAUAGAAGAAUUAAAGAAAAGAAGAGAUAUGAAAGAUUAAGAACUAAAAUCUUAGAAACUCGCAUAUUCCUAGUCCUCAAAAAAUAUUUUGAGAUACGAAGAAAUGCAAAAGAGAUUCGAGCAGGAAAUAUUAAUUCCUGAUUUAGAAGAGAAAAAGAAAAAGUUGUAGGAGAUCCGAGAACUUAAGAAGCCAAUUGACUUUAAGGAGAUUAAUAAGCAUUCAAAGAAAUUCGAUAGCCUAACAAGGAAGCAGCUUCGGGAGAUUGAGAGUUAGAGAUCUCUAGAGAGAGAACAGCUGAAAGUUAGAGAAAUGGAUAUUAGAAACAAGUUCAAGUCAAAUGUUUUGGACUAAGUAAUUAUAGAAGAAAGAGCCUAAUAGUAGAAAAUGCAUAAUCAACUAAGGGUAAAGUAAGAUUAGAAAGAUAAGAUUAAGAACUACUAUAAAUACGUUAAAGAAAUUCAUGCUCCUACUCUAAAAUCAGAAGAUCAGCUAAGAUAUGAGGAAUCAGAAAGAAUUGCUAAACUUUAGCUCCGACAUAAAAUGAGACUAUCUUAAUAGGAGCACAGCAACAAAAAUAACCAUCUUGAAAUUCUAUAAAACAAUAAACUAAUAUAUAGCCCAAGCAAUAUUUUCGAAUCUACUGAGAUGAAAAUUAGAAGGUAAAACCUUGUAUGGGAAAAAGAUAAGGAUAAGACUUCAAAGCGAAACUAGUCUCAAGACUAAAGAAUUCCAUAUAAGGACUAUCUGAAGGAAAACUAAAGAAAAAGACUCAAUGAGGACCUUGGAGAUUUGAAUUAUCUAACAAUCAUUGAUGCUAGUGCUAGUGAUCUAAACAACAGAGGUACACCGAUAAAGCUUCCACCUAGUAAAGUAUCUUUGCAAAAGGUUGAUAAUUACAACGAUAGAAAUAUGAUGCUAUAGGAGUAGAUAAACGUUAUUGAGGAAAAAUUCAAGAUGAAAAAUUAAUAAAAUAAGCAUGGUAGCAAGGAAGAUAGGGAACUAUCGAAAUUUAUUUUGUGGAAUUAUCGUAAGGGAUUCUUAGUCUCUAAUGUCAUACUACUGGGAUUCUAUUUAGCAAGAUUUAAAAACUACAGAAAUAGUCAUUUAUUCAAAGCUUAAAUAUUGAUGACUGGUGCAAGUUUGCUAAUGUCUUCACAUGGAAUCUUUCCAAUAUAUCUCAAUCAUUAAUUUUAAAAACUGGUUCCAUUGAAAAUUAUUACCGAUGUGGAGGACUUCUAAAAGUCAACAACACCCAUUAAUGAUAUACUCUCUGCUUGCUAUAUUGAUGAUCUAAAUAAACUCAAACUGUAAUGA